UGGCCAGCGAUAUACUGUGAAAGGCCACCAUAUUAGCUACAUGUCGUGGUCUUUUGACUUCAGAAUGGACUCCAAUAGUGGAAUACAGCUUUACGAUAUCCAGUUCAACGGAGACAGAAUCGUAUACGAGCUCAGCCUUCAGGAGGCGGCCGCCACAUACGCAGGUUAUUACCCACUCCCGUCUUGGAAUAACUUCAUUGACGGGGCGUGGAAAAUGGGACAGAGCAGCUAUGAGAUGGUCCUUGGAGUGGAUGUCCCAGAAACAGCUUCCUGCUUUGAUCUGGUGCACAUGAUCGGAAUGGAAAGUCCGAAAACCUUUCGCAACGCUGUCUGUGUGUUUGAACUGAAUGAUGGAAUUCCACUGCGUCGACAUUACGAUAACAACUUUGUGAAUGGGUACAGGUUCUACGGUGGAAUGGCCAAUCAGGUAUUAAUUCUGCGCACGAUUGCCACGGUAUAUAACUAUGAUUAUUUGUUCGACUUCAUAUUUUACCAGAACGGCGUCAUAGAAGUUAAAAUGUCAGCCUCUGGCUAUAUCUAUGGUUCCUUUUACGACGCUAAUAUGCAUCCAUACGCUUAUCCACUGCACGAGCAUUUCACAAGCGGUACACACGAUCAUCUGAUCAACUACAAAGUUGACUUAGACAUCGGCGGACGAAAGAAUUCAUACGAGACCAUCGAAAUUGGUAUUGAAAACAUCACUGAGCGCUGGUUCCCCAACAGAAGACGUGUGCAGAAAGUUCUAAAACGAAGCGUGAAGACAACGGAGUUGGAGGCUGCGUAUAAGUUUAACUUCGACCACCCAAAGUACUUGAACUUCUUUAAUGACGCCGAGGAGAACAGGAUGGGUGUAAAGAAGGGGUAUCGCAUACAGCUGGAAUCCAUGUUGAAACAGCUGUAUCCUGAAGACUGGAUGAUCACGCCCAUGAUGAGCUGGUCCCUAUAUCAAAUGGCCGUUACUAAGUACAAAGAAAAUGAGACCCAGAGUAGCUCCAUCUAUAACCAAAACUCACCUACUAAUCCACAGCUUGAUUUCCGUAAGUAUCUUAUGGAUAACGACUCCAUCGUGAACGAGGACCUUGUAGCCUGGGUAACAAUAGGAGCCAUGCACAUUCCACACUCAGAAGACUUGCCCAAUACCGCCACAGCUGCAAACUCCGCCCACUUCUUUAUUCGACCUUUCAACUACUUCGACGAAGACCCUUCCAUGGGAUCGACAAACGCCAUCUUGAUUACGCCCAAAGACGAGAAGUUCAACGGACAGAAGGUUGAGCGAUAUGGGACCCCCACUGGACCACAUUGCAUUCCCAAAGAGUACAAGACUGACUUUAAUGGCACUUAUUGAUCAGUCCCGUUGUGGUCCCAGGGACCAGGGCUUCCAUUGUUAGAGGGGUGGGGAUGCUCGUCGGAAAAAAAAUAAUAAAUCAUAUUGCAUGAGACCAAUCCGGUCCCCUUAAGGCCCCCUAAAGGGACCAUCUAAGACCGACGGUAAUAAAAGUGCUGCACUAACUUUGUAGAUGAUAAAGACGUCAUCGAAUGCCUUCAUUUGUGAACAAAUUUUAUAGAUUUUAUGGCUGAUCGAUCUAAGUGUAUAACGAACUAUCGUAUCGUAUAAAUUCUUACAAUGCCGUCGGGAUUCUCCUAUUUUUUUUUUUUUAUUCCAGCCCUUUCUAGCUCAUUGCAAGGUAUAAGUAUGCAAAAGUUAUCAUAAAUAGCCCUUGAAUAGACCUAAGCGUCCCCGUCCAUUUCACGUGAAAGUCUCUUUGUUUAUGAAGCGUUUUCUGCGGAUGUUAAAAUAUUUUCGUAAUCGACAAGUGUUUUACAAGAAAUAUGAAGCGACUGAAUGCAUGCUAGAUUCGAUUUCCAGCCGUUUUGGGAGUCUGGUUUUCAGCCCCUUUCCAUGUGUGUUACGAACAUGGUCUUUAAUAAGACGGCUGAAGAUCGAACACCACUCAGGCUAGUGUCUGAGAGGCAUUUAUGAGCCAAUGUGCAGAAGCAAUAAUGAUCUGGGUAAUCUAACCUCAGGCUAACCUGUAACAUUUUGAGUUCAAAAUGUCUAAAAACUGGUUGGUUCAAAUUUCCUUUUACCUGGCUGCUGAGAUUAAGGUUGAGCAUUGAAAUGAAAGGAAAAACUCUAAGGUUGUUUCAAAUUUAGGGGAUUGAUUUCUUAAUCUUAAAAUUUCAAAAAGAGGCAGCUUUAAGGAAACCAGGCCUCUUUAUCUUUUUUUUCUGUCCCAUUGAUAAGACAUGAUUUAUUUCCAUUCGAGUAUUUUGUGUUUCAGAUUUAUUAAAACAAAUUCAUUGUAACACUUGUUUUGUAUUAAAAUAAUAAACUUCUCAAAAUUAAAACAACCAGAUCGGUGAAUUAAUAGUAGUUUGCAUUGAACGUUCGACUAUCAGCAGAGGGAAUUACUGAAAAAUGGAUCGGAGUUGUCUAUGGGUAGUGCUUAAUUCUCCACCCUGGAGUCUACAGUCAGUUUCGGCAGGCGUCGUUGGACAAGCGGCCUGACAAAAAUACUGUGGGGGGUGGGGGGUGGGGGGCGCUGCGAUGGAUUGGGCCCAGACCCGAAAUGAUAGAGAAAUUUCCCUUAGAUGUUGUAGCGGGGGCAUUGACCUCCCUAGCUACCUCCCUAUAGCUAUCCACCUGCCAAUCUGCCCCCUACCCCACCCACCUGCUUACUUGUUUUCCUCCUUACCUACCAAUCUGCCUACCUUCCUUCCUGUCGUCAUACCAAUUUUUCAAUUUUUUUGUGCAAAAUUCCUACUCUUGUACGCAUCCCUUUCUAAUACAGGUAGAGGUCUCUUUUUCAAAAGUGCAAGCCAAGUUUUGGACCAAAUCGUAGUGACAAAAGGAUACUGAACUCGUACCCUCUUAAUGCUAAAUUGACCGGAAACGUUUCAGGGAGUGUGGGAAAGGUCGAAGUUGCGAAAAUUGACUCUGCGAAGGUCGCAUCGUUCGCAGUUUCAUAGAUGGGCAAAGGUAUUGUUGCUGCCACAUAGAAUGGUCAAAAUCAAUCGCGCCAGCCUACGGAUUAUUUAUCCAUGGAUAGUCAGUGGGAUCUAGGAGACCAAGGAAAUAUAGUUUCCGGGGUGUACUCUUUCCUGAGAAAUGGCGAAAAAAAUUGAGCCGGGCUUUCCUUCUCCUUUUUGGACAGCCGAGACAUCAGUUCUUUGCAACCUACGUUUUUUCCAGCACCCGGAUGAAUCGGCCACUGCAGUCAAUUUUUGUUCCUGAUAUCCUCCGUGCGAUCGAUAAAGGGAAAGAAGGAGAUUGCUCGCAGUCUACUGCCAAGCGGUUUUUUAAUUUAAUUUAAUUAAUUAAUUAAUUUAUUUAUUUAUUUAUUGAUUGAUUGAUUUAUUUUUCAUUCUUUGAGCUACCCGACCAAAAGGUUGUGAAAACUAUUUGUCAGCCAGGGAAAUGUGGGGUCUUUAGCAUGCGCAAUCCUGGACGCACAAGGCACAAAAAUGUUGAUAUAUAAAAAAGCUCUAUCGAUCCUAUAAACGAAGAAGAAUUUAUACCGUCUGUUAUUAGUUUGUCAGGCGCGCUCCUUUUACGGCCGUUUUGGGAGUAGUCCCCGUCCCCGGACCCUUCGUGGUGUGGAUAAAAAAAAAAGAAAAAAAAAAGAACACUGGUACACAAAACGGCUGGAAAU